GUAUUCUUUUUGGGUACUGCUAUUUUGGGAAAUCAGCAAAUCUUUGAGCUAUAAUAUCUGAUAGAGAAAAAUAAAAUUGAAUAGAAUAAAAUGGGGGAUUAUCAUUUUGUGUACAAAGAUGUUGAAGGAGCAACAACACAAUGGGAUGAUAUUCAAAGAAAACUUGGAAAUCUACCACCAAAAGACCCGGUUUUCAAACCCGACCCGUUUACACCGGGUGAUGAUGAAAAAUCCAGGUCAAAAGAUAAAGAUUGGAUCGAUGAGAAAACAGAAGAAGAACUUGAUGAUCUUGAAGAUGACCCGGAUCUUAAUGAUGAUCGCUUCCUUCAAGAAUACAGGAUGAAGAGGAUGGCCGAGAUGAGAGAAGUCGCUAAGGUUGUGAGAUUUGGAUCAGUGGUACCAAUUUCUGGAUCAGAUUUUGUGCGGGAGGUUUCCCAAGCUCCAGAAGACAUCUGGGUGGUUGUGCUUCUGUAUAAGGAUGGAUACUCGGGCUGCCAGAUACUUUUGCAGUGCUUGGAAGAACUGGCAACAAAAUACCCUGUAACAAAAUUUGUCAAAAUUAUCUCUACCGAUUGCAUUCCGAAUUAUCCAGAUAGUAAUCUUCCAACUGUUUUGGUGUACAACAAUGGUGCAUUGAAGUCAAAUUAUGUUGGACUUCAUAGUUUUGGUCGGAGAUGCACACCCGAAGGUGUUGCAUUGACACUCUGCGCAUCAGAUCCUGUUCUAAAUCAUCCUGUUCUAAACGAGGGACAGUCCCGAGAUGCUGUGCUGGACGGAGUGAGGAAGAGGUUUCUCGAGAAGGUUGUGGCACAGCAUGAAGAUGAUGAUGGAUCUUCUAGUGAUUAGUUGUGAAAUUUUUAUUUGCAUCUUUUGUAGUUUGAUGGAAUAUGUAUGCUUUCUAGUGAUUCUUCUGAUGCAUCUCUGUUCUUUCAUUUUCGGGUUUCCCUUGGUAAACCUCUGUAGGUUUCAGGUGUGUGGACUAUUCUCAAGUUAGAUUUGGUCAAUGAAAAAGUGAAUUUUGCACUAUAA